AUGUCAGAGAAACGAACAAUCAAGAUCGGAUUGGUUGGAGCGGGUCUAGGAGGCUUAACAGCCGCCAUAGCCCUUGCUCGAGCUGGUUGUGAUGUUACUGUACUGGAAGCGGCAGCUGAGCUCGGCGAGAUAGGCGCGGGGAUCCAGUGCACGCCAAAUGUGUCCAGACUGCUCAUCCGAUGGGGCAUCUCUGACAUAAUCGGAGAUGACCUCGUACAAUGCAAGAAUAUCAACAUGCGGAGACAGGAUGGAAAGGUUAUUCAAAGAACGGAGUUGUAUCCCAAGACUUGGUGGAUGGUGCAUCGCCACCAUCUCCAUACUGGACUUACCGAGGGUGCAAGAAGACACGGAGUCAAGAUUAUGGUUGACUCUCGUGUAAAGAAGCUCUCAUAUGAGCGUUCUCCUGUCGAGGUCGAGACCGUGAAGGGCGCGAAAUAUUCGUUCGAUGUUCUCAUCGGAAGCGACGGCCUCAAGUCGGUCGUAAGGACCACGCUUUUUCCUGAUGUUAAGCCUAGGGCUCCCACGAACAAUGCUGCAUAUCGAGCUGUUCUGCCAUAUGAUUAUGUCUACAAGCAAGUCCCGGAGGCUCGCGAAUUUGGCAACGACAUUGAUGUCUGGUCUCUGGAUAAGGGGUACAUCAUUCAAUACCCGAUCUCGGCUGGUAGAGAGUGGAAUGCAGUGAUGUCGCAUUUCCGAGAUGUGCCAGUCACUGAUGUUGAAGACGAUUGCGACAUGGCCGAGAUGCGCGAGUACUACAAAGACGUCGAUCCUCGGCUGAAGAAGAUUCUCGAUCUUGUACCUUCGUCCAAGCGAUGGCCACUCAUGAUUACAGGCCCAUUGGAAUCAUGGUCCAGCCCGCAGAAGAAUGUAAUUUUGAUGGGCGAUGCGGCUCACAGCAUGGUCAAUCAUCUCGCCCAAGGUGCUGCGACUGCCAUGGAAGAUGGAGCUUUCCUUGGUCGUGUCUUUGGUGAAGUUGUCAGAGGGAUACUCACUAUCCCCGAAGCCGUUGACAUUUAUGAGAAGACUCGCAUGCCUCGCGCAUGGGCCAAACAGCAAGCCUCGUUCAUAAUGGGCGGAAUAUACAUGGCCGAGCAUGAUCCUCGUGGAAUUGCUCGCGACGAAAGCUCGGUAGCGUCGGUCGGAGACACACCUGCAAUGGUAGACGUCCGGAAUUUAACCUCGAAGCCUAGAGUGACUGGUCCCGAUGCUAAUGCCCAUAGCUGGAAUCUUUGGGGAGCUCCAGAGACUGUGCAAAGCAUCUUCGGGUAUGACCCGGAAGGUGAUGCAGAUUUCGCAGUGAUAAAGUAUUUGCAGGAAACUAAGCCGUGGGAUCGAGUCACCGGUGUCAGUCAGGGGUUGGAAGAGAAGUGGACUGGGUGGUAUCUGCCCAAGGAUCAAGUUGGUCGUAUUGCGAGGAGUCGAGGGCUGAAACUUUGA